AUGAGCAUGAGAGAUGUUGCUGCAAAGUUUCAUGUCAACUCCUUUAGCUCGAUUUCCGAAUGGGUGAAUAAGCUUGAUGAGUUGAAGAAAUCAGUAAAAUCUGAUAAAAAAUUAAAAUUAGAAAGCCUCACUCAAUUUCCAGAGCUAGAGAAAGAACUAGUUCAUUGGUUUACUGCAAUCCGUGAGCAAGGUAUUCAGGUUCUCAGAUCAACGAUUGAGGAGAAAGCAAAAAGUUUGGCGGCAGAAAUGGGGAUUGGCGCGAUUCGGGCUGUGGAGAUAAAUGGUGGCAAGGAUUUAGGACCAGAAAUAAUUUAUCUUUCAGAAAAAUCAAUGCCUCAAGCAUUAAGCCAAUCGAAAAAGAGGCAGAACUUGUCAGGCAAUACCUAG